AUGGAAACAAGCGCUAUGCUGACCGUGUGCUGUGAAUUGUCGAAUAAAGCGAAAAAAUGGACAGAAAAGGAUAAGUCGUAUCGAUUGAUAUCAAAUUUCAACGACUACUUAAAUUUCAAAAAGGACGCAAGGCGUGUGGAAAAUUAUCAGAUCCUUGCUAUGGAACGAGGUGAAGAGGUCGAUGUAUUAACGUGGAAGGUGGAGGUAGCGAAUGUUGAUCAGGUACAUCCGGGGCAUAAACUUAGAAUCGCUCCGGAGCACUUGGAUGUAUUUCAAAUAGCUCUCAAGGAUUCCGUCAACCGCCUCUUUCUCCCGAAAAUUCAGCGGACCGUA